GGCCGGGUCGGCGGAGCGGACUCUCUUCUUUGCGGAACAGCAGCUAAAGUUAGCGUGUUAGCUUAUUUUGGAAGGCUAACGGUGGGGUUUGCUAGCUGGAGAGUUGCGCUGGGUUAGCCGCGGCGCUGCUCCCGGCGGCGGGGCGUCCACAGCGGACACGGGCUCCUGUCUCCUGUCCGCUGCUGAGCCGCUCAUGCUGCGGCUCAGUAAGGUGUGACCGCCCGCAGCGUUGAAAAAGUCUGUUGUUUGCGCUGCUAGCUGCCUCCCUGUCCUCAGGUGUGUCACCUGGCAGGACGGCGUCACGGGGACUUCAGGCCUGACAGAAAGAGAGUGUGGGCUCUUCAGACGGAGAGCUCGAUCCUGAGAAGCCGGCGUCCUGUCCUCCCAGCUGACAGACAGCGAGGGACAUGCUUGACAGACUGCGGCUCUGUUGUCACGUUGCCUUGUUGGAAAGCGCCUCGCCCCUCAAACAAACGCCUUCCUCUGUUUUCCUGCGGCCCACUGCCUGGCAGUGGCAGAGAAAGCACAGCUUGUGCUGUCGGCUGACUUGCAAAUAGGCCUCCGUUCUCCUUCGGGAGCAGCGGAGGAGGACGAGGACGAGGAGGAGGAGGAGGAGGAGGCCGCCGCGCUGCCUGAGGCCCUGAGGUCCAACCAGAACCUGCAGAACCCGGAUCGUCCCAAGACGCCGAGAGUCUGUGGUCCCAGUCUGGUGUGUGUUGCUGCUACGACAGAGACACAGAUCAGAAGAAAAAAAAAUAAAAGCAGAAACCAGGCGGCCAUGUUGAGGCUUCACCUGCAGCUUUCCUUCGCCCACUCGUGUUAGGGAGGCGAGAGCCUGCUGCCACUCAGGUCACUCUUCUUCUGCAGCUUCAGAGGAAAACUGCCACACCUUCAUCCUGAGUCACAGCUUCACCUUUUUUUCAUCGUGUCAAAGUCCGAGGCAGAUCACCUGGAUCCAGCCUCUCAGAUACCAACAUUUCCUUUGAAGGGCUAAGUUUAUUUUUGUAUGUUGGUCAGUGUGUGUAGAGUAGAGCGCUCUGUGUGUUCUGUGUGUUUUUUCGAGCCGGCCGGCCUUCUCUCUCUCCUCAAAUAUUGAUCGAAGCACUUAAGUGGGCAGCAUCGAUCGCCAUGGCCGAGUCCAGCUCCCAGCCGGCAGGAGAUCUGCUGAUCACAGCCAAAGAGGAACUCACUUCCCCGAGAGAAAACAUCUUGAAAGACCUCGCCACGCCCGCGCCUGUAACCGUGGCGACGGAGGCAGAAAGCCAGGCGUCGCGUCCGGACGUCCGAGCCGAAGCCUCCGGCCCCGCCGCCGCCGCCGCCGCCAAAGCCCCGACGGAGGAGACGGCGCUCACGCCCGAACCGCCGUCGUCCCCGUCGACCGAAAACGGAACGCCCACGGCCGCCACCACAGAAGAAGAGUCUCUGUCGGCUCUGCUGGGCGGAGUCAGGGCGGAGGGAGGAGCCGAGCCAGGUGUGGACCAGGACCCGGACGUGGACCUGGACCUGGAGGAGAGCUCGUCCGUGGCCACGGCCGGCGGCUCCGAUGACCAGCAGCAGUCCAGCGACUCGGCCUCCUUCUCCAUCCCCAGCCUGGAGCUGUCGGACGGGAACACGGCCACGGGAAACUCCCUGGACGUGGACGAGGCCUUGUCGUCGUCCUACUCGGCCCUGGGAGCCGAGGGCUGCUCGCCGUCCACCGACGCCCCCAGCCUGAGGGACGACGAGGCCGCCGCCGCCACCGCCACCGCCGGUGGCGCCACUGCCGCCGCCGCUGCAGCCGCCGCGGCCCCGGAGCCGGAGCCGUCCAUGCCGGCAUACUACCUGGUGAAGUGGAUCACCUGGAAGGAGAAGAAGACGCCCAUCAUCACCCAGAGCGAGAACGGACCCUGCCCCCUGCUGGCCAUCAUGAACACGCUCUUCCUGCGCUGGAAGGCAAAGCUGCCGGCGCAGACCGAGGUCAUCACCACCGAAGACCUGAUGGCUCACCUGGGAGAGUGUGUGCUGUCCGUCACACCCAGAGAAAAGGCAGAUGGAAUGGAGCUCAAUUUCCAACAGAACAUGAGCGAUGCCAUGGCCGUGCUCCCCAAGCUGUCCACGGGUCUGGACGUCAACGUGCGCUUCACCGGCGUGACCGACUUCGAGUACACGCCCGAGUGCAUCGUGUUCGACCUGCUGGACAUCCCGCUGUACCACGGCUGGCUGGUCGACCCGCAGAGUCCAGAGAUGGUUGCAGCCGUGGGCAAACUGAGUUAUAACCAGCUGGUGGAGAAAAUCAUCGACUACAAACACUCAGCAGACAGCAGCCGAGUCAGUGAAGGCCUGGUGGCGGAGCAGUUCCUGGAGGCGACGGCCACCCAGCUGUCGUACCACGGCCUGUGUGAGCUCAACACCACGGCCAAGGAGGGAGAGAUCUCUGUGUUCUUCAGGAACAACCACUUCAGCACCAUGAUCAAACACAAGGGUCACCUGUACCUGCUGGUGACGGAUCAGGGCUUCCUGCAGGAGGACGGUUUGGUCUGGGAGUCUCUGCACAACGUGGAAGGAGACGGAAACUUCUGCGACUCGGACUUCCGGCUGUGCCACCCGCCUCAGAGGGCCACGCCCAGCGGGCCGCUGCCGCCCGCCAGCCAGCAGCAGCAGAGGCAGAUCCACCAGGACUACCUGGUGGCCAUGUCCCUGCAGCAGCAGCAGCAGGCGGGGGCCCCGGGGCCCCUCAGCGACCUGGAGCUGGCCCGCCAGCUGCAGCAGGAGGAGUACCAGCAGCAGCAGCAGCAGCAGCAGCCAGGAGCCCAGCCGCAGCCGCAGGUCAGAGGUCAGGCGUCGGGCCAGCAGGGAGGAGCAAGAAGAAGAGACAAGGACUCUGACUGUGUCGUCUUAUAGCCUCUCCCUCCUCCUCUUCCUCAUUUCUCUCUGUGCUCUCCCUCUGCCAGGCUCUACAGCCAAGCCCUGACACACACACACACACACACACACACAAACACACACACUCUCACUCACUCACACACACACACACACAGGGCCUAACCCAGCUAGCCAGCUCAAUGCCAAACCCCCUGAUGUUAUAACUGUUUUUUAUUUUGAAAGGCUUGAUGUUGCCAGGAGGGGGCGCUGCAGAGUCCUCUCUCCUCUACCUCUGAGAGCUCGAUCCUCCGCAGCUCCAAACUCUGGAAAAAGUUUGAAAUGUCCUUUUAAUCAUUUCCAGGCCUUGAAAAGUUUGUGACUUGUAAAAAAAAAAAAAAAAAAAGAAAGGUUGUAAAAAGUUUUUGUUGAAAGUCAAAGUAAAGAAAAGGAACGGGCCGGAGAACGAGUGGAAUCAUGAAUCAUGAAUCAUCACCUGGAGAACGUGGAGUCUGUCUGUUUGAGCCGCCGGGUCACAGCUGAUGCUCCGCUCUACGGCAAGCUGCUUGGACAUUUAUCAUGAAGCCUGAACAUGUGGACAGACAGAUGUCAGUGUUAAAUAUCUGCAGGUACAGUUUGACUCGUCAAAAUGAUAAUUACAGAUAUUUACAGCUCUGUGAAUUUAUGACAAGUCGCCAUUCCAAUUGGAGAAUCAGCAGUUUAAUUUUGAUUUGUCAAUUUCAAUUUCAAGAUUUCAGCAGAUUGUAUUUUGACUUUCCAUAUCUAAAAAGGAAAAUGUAGAUAUCUUUGGUUGUGAGGAACUGAAGAUAUCUUGAUUUGGAUUUAUGAUUAGUCUGAAUUAAAUUGUAGUUAUCUCAAAAUUGUAUUACAACUGAUUGAACUGAAGAUUUCCAAAACUCACGUUGCACAUGUAUUUAACUGAAUUGUGUCUGUAUCUUUAAUUACACAUGAAUGGGAAAAGUAAUUUGAAUUAUAGACGCCCAUCUGUUACUACAAAUAUCUAAAAUCAGUGUUUUGACUAAUCAGAGUGCUAAUUACAGAGAUUUAUGAUGUGCAUCCGGUCUCGCUAUUAAAAGAUCAAAUGGCUUGCCAUAGAGCUCUUUUCCAAAAACAUGACAUAUCUGAAAGAGGAAACAAGGAACAAGAAAACACAUCACCUACCACAAAUCAUGCAGGCCCUCCUCUUUGGGCCAAUCAGAAACAAGUAAACAAAUGCUGCAGUGCCCCCCUCAGGCCAAAAAGUGCAAUUUUUAAAAUCUAGAAUGGACCAAUGAGACGCAUCAUUCCCGUACAUGUCAUGAAUUUGAUCAGCGGCUUUAGAGAGAUUGGGGAUUAUGCACAAACAGUUCAGCAGACGCUGCGGCGCCCCCGUGAGGCCGGUCCGUGUCCUCUGGGAAAACGCCAGACGGGAGCGGUGACGCCCGCCGUUGCGCCAGAGAGACGAACCGCGGCCGAUCCUUCGUCCGCUCCUCAUCUCGAGGGUUUCCGACUGUUUCUCCUGGGAUUUCCUCUCUGUGGACUCUGAGUUCUUCGCUGCUCGUGCUGACUACCUAGUUCUUCUAACGCCUUUUACAGACUAAAUCUGACAAGUGUUUGUUUUUGUUUUAUUGUCCCAGAAAGGGUAUCAGCUGUUUUUGGAAAAUGAAGGUUUCAGCUCAUCAAAGAAUAAACUCUGAAAGAAGCGAUGCAGCGA